AUGCCUGUUAAAGUCUCCAAGAUCUGCUGCAUUGGAGCUGGCUAUGUCGGCGGCCCAACAUGCGCCGUCAUCGCGCUCAAAUGCCCGCACAUCACCGUCACCAUCGUCGACCUCAACCAAUCCCGCGUCGACGCCUGGAACUCGCCCGAUUUCGCGCUGCCCAUCUAUGAACCGGGCUUAGUAGACGUCGUCCGCCAAGCUCGGGGCCGCAACCUUUUUUUCUCGACGGAUGUGGAUAAGGGGAUCGAGGAGGCUGAUUUGAUUUUUGUUAGCGUGAAUACGCCGACGAAGAAGAGUGGUGUUGGGGCUGGGUUUGCUGCUGAUCUCAAUUACGUGGAACUAGCCACCCGCCGAAUCGCGACCGUUGCCAACUCGUCCAAGAUCGUCGUUGAGAAAUCGACGGUACCAUGCCGCACCGCCGAGUCCAUGCGUACCAUCCUCGAAGCGAACUCGAAGCCGAAUUGUCGGUUUGAUAUCCUAUCGAACCCGGAAUUUUUGGCGGAGGGAACGGCGAUUACUGAUCUGUUUAAGCCGGAUAGGGUGCUUAUUGGGUCGUUGGAGACCAGGGAGGGUGUGGAGGCUUGUCAGUCUUUGGCUGAGGUUUAUGCGAAUUGGGUUCCGCAAGACAGGAUCUUAACCGUCGGUCUAUGGUCCUCUGAACUAUCCAAGCUAGCAGCCAACGCCAUGCUCGCGCAACGCAUCUCCUCCAUCAACGCCCUCUCCGCCAUCUGCGAAGCGACGGGUGCGAAUAUCGACGAAGUUGCCCAUGCGAUUGGGUAUGAUUCCCGUAUUGGACCCAAGUUUUUGAAGGCGAGUGUUGGGUUUGGGGGGUCGUGUUUCCAGAAGGAUAUCCUCAACUUGGUGUAUUUGAGUGAAAGCCUGCAUUUGCCUGAGGUGGCGGCGUAUUGGAGGCAGGUUGUUGAGAUGAAUGAGUAUCAGAAGCGGAGGUUUUCCAAGAGGGUUGUUGAUACGCUUUUUAAUACUAUCACUGGCAAGCGUAUCGCGGUUCUCGGGUUCGCAUUCAAGGCUGAUACGGGUGAUACGCGCGAGUCUGCCGCUAUCACCCUCAUCAAGGACUUCCAGUCUGAAAGGGCCUUUGUGAACAUCUAUGACCCGCAGGUGGAGGAAGAACAGAUCUGGAAUGAUCUGAGCGAGGCGAGCCCUUUGAUACCCAUCGAGUCCAUCAAGAAACAGGUGACGAUCUGCCACUCCGCGAUCGAAGCGUGCAAGAACGCGGAAGCCGUCGUGAUCGCGACGGAGUGGAAAGAGUUUUUGGAGAUUGAUUGGGAGGAGGUGUAUAAGGGUAUGAAUAAGCCUGCGUUUGUGUUUGAUGGACGGUUGUUGGUGGAUGCGGAAAAGUUGACGAAGAUUGGGUUUAAGGUUACUACUAUUGGCCGCCCUUCUGCUGUUGCUGCUUAG